AUGGCGAACAAAAAGAAAGGCAAAAAAGUGGAGGAAUAUGAGGAGGAGUUUGAGGAAGAAGUCGUACCCCGCUGCCUGAAAAUCCCUACCUACAAUCAGAAGUUUCACCAUAUCAUCUCUCGCAUCAGCUACAGAGGAUUCCUCGAGGCCGUCGCUCAGCUUAAUGCAGAGCCUAACGGAGACGUUCUCCUGUGCUUCGGACAUCGCAAGAUUGUCGAUCAGGCUUGGGAAGACUUGGUUAUGGAGGCUUAUGAAGGUUGGAAGACGGAUCAUUCUGAGGUAAUCCGAGAGAUGGCACUUAGGAACGCUCUUGCUCAGCCCAACGCAUCCCUCUAUGACACCUUCUGCGUGAAACAAAUCAACGUUGCAAGUAACCUCACAAGCACCAUCGCAGUUGAGGCGAUGGAAAUGAUCUUCAAGCCAAUCGUGGUCAAGUACAACGACAUCUACAAGCCAAUCCAGCAUCCAAAGAAGAUGUUUCGACUCGUUGAGCUCCCUAGAGAAUCUCCCGAGCCCGAAAAACCCAAGGAGAAGAGGAAGAACAAAAAGAGAGGUCGAAAGGCUGAUAGCGAAGAUGACUAUAAAGUAGCCAGAGGUGGUGAGGACGAUGAGAACGCGGUUGCUCCAAUCGUUCUUGCUAUCAGGCGAUCCAACGGGGUUGGUUCCUACCGUAAUAGAGACGAGUUUGAUCAGGAAGAUCUUUAA